GGUGUCUCUGCUGAGUCUGCUGCACCCGCGACCCGGUCCCGGAUAAGUGGAAGAUGACGAAUGGGGUCGUGAAAAAAAGUGACCCGGAACAGUGUUGCCCGGCAACCAGGAGCUUGGCAGUUUCAUCUAGCUUCCUAGCAGCGGCGUCAUUCACACACAGCAGAGGUCAGUUCCGCACCGGUGUCAGACUGGACCAGAGUUAGGGAGCAGAUGUGACGAAUAACUUUCUCUGAGUGAAUAUCAACAAAGCCAACAGGCUCCAUGGGUAACAGCUGCUGGGCUACAGCCGCUCAUGAUGUGUUAACAAAGGAUUGGAGAAUCCAUCAUAAGGCGAUUGGGACAUGUCAGAAAGUUCUUCUGGUGUGAACACUCUCAGCGGAAGCUUUCCAAAAUCCCACUCGUCCCAGUAUUCAGAGCUCGGAGUUACACGCACACCUCUCUCAGUGGACCACAGUCCUGAUUCUGGACUGGUAUCUACACCUCUUCCUUCAAGCCGCUUCCAGUUUGUGCCGUGGCACCGCCUGAAGCAGUGUGAUGUCACCGGCGACCAGCUGACCUGCCCCCGGGUUAGAGAAGGACCAUCAGAGGAGGACUUUAAUUUUAGAGAAGGAAGAGAUUUCUGUUUGAAGAGAGGAAGGAGGAAGAGGAGAGAAGAGGAAGGACAGAGCUGGGAGGAGAGACUGCAAGAGAAUUGGGAAAACUGUCUAGAGCUAAAUCUGUCCUACCAAGACUUGGGUGAUCCCUACCAGAGGGAAAACUUUUUCCGCAUCCUCCGACGGUUGAUCCGUGUGGAGAAACUACAGCUGAUCGACAACUCACUCACUGACCUGAGUUCAGUACGUCUGCCAAGCAGGUGCAAAAUGCUACACCUGCAUCGUAACCACCUGGUGUGUCUGCGUCAGCUGCCAAAGCUCCCAGCUGUGGAGCACCUCUGUUUAUCGGAGAACGCCAUCAGCUCCCUGCGGGGGCUGGGGGCUCUGGGGAGCAGCCCACUGCGCUCCCUCAACUUGACCCGCAAUCCAGUGACCUUUAGUCGGGACUACCGUGCACAUGUUUUUUCCUGUUUGCCAAAUCUGGAGGUCUUGGACGGCAUUCCCAAGCUGCCAGUAGACUCGUUGCCCCUCCGAGUAAAGGGGCCGGAAACCAGCAGGAUGUGUAUCAUUUUAUGACUCUCUCUGAGUGAAGGAUGCAAACAGUCUCAAUUGUUGUGUUCCCUUCAGCAACGUUUAUAGCCUGAGAAACAACAACACAGAAAAACCCGUCUUUUCCUCGAAGGAAAGCCAGCUGGGUAACGUUGUCCUCAUUUAGUCAGAUUGUCAAAAACUGCUUGUGAGAGACUUGAGCACUAUGUGCAAGCUUCUUUUUAUUUGAGCUAAUAAUUAUUUUUGUUUAUAUUUUAUAAGUCAGAUAUUUGUAUAAAAUAAAGAUAUUUUGAUAAAUAGAAAAAAAACAACUCUUCUAGUAUAAAAUGUAAAUAUUCCAUCAAUCUAUAUAUUGUCUUCUGGUUUUUCAAGAUUGGAGGUAAAAGCCAAAAACCCAGAAAAGACAGAUCUCCCUCUCAUAGGCGAUGCCUGCACAUCCUUACCUGACUUCUUUCGAUGAGGAGGAGCAGGGACUCUACUUCUCUCUCUCAACCCUGUCUAUAAGACUGAACCCAGUCACCCUAUGUAGCAAGUUCUUUUCAUCUGCUGGUAUCCAGGAUCUGGUUCAUUUGAUCAUGAUCCAUAAACUUGCUUUAUACCCAAAAAUGCAAGCGAUAUCUAAAUAUAGUGAAAGGCUACCUUGGGAGAAAUAAAACGACUGAUAUGACAUGGUCUAGUUUUGAUGGCGGGGAAGGUUUUACAUAUCGCUCAAGCAGAGCCCACAGGUUCCCUCGAUUCAACAAAUCGCACUAAUCAACCAUCUUAUUAGAUAAACCUUUCUUGAUCAACUGAAAUUCUUCAAUUUCAACUGAAAUAAAGUUUCGGUAAUAGAUGAUAAAUCUGUGUAUUGUUCGUUCUUUGGUUUUCUCGUUUCAAAACAAAAUGGCCAAAAGAAAAUAAGUGUUUUUUUUUUUGUCUUUCCGUUUUUGAAACCUAAAUGUAAAAAUGUUAUAUCGAAGUAAUAAAAAAUAAAAAAACACAGUGUUUGAUUUUUGCUUUAGCUAUCUAAAUCCAAAACAAAAUAUGUGGCUGUUGUUUUAAUGAACCUCGUCAGAUUUUCCUACCGUAGUGCGUCCAGAUGACUAUCCUUCUGAACGACGAAAACUUUUCUAAAACCACUACAAUAUGGCUAUCACAUGUUGAUGCACUGAAACCCUCCAUCACAAUACCCUACAUUUAUAAAAUACAGAGGUAGCACAAGCUGAAACAGUAUCAGAUGAGCUUUUAUUUCAAAUAAAUGAAAUAGACAUCUACAAAUACAGGCUACCCCUGCAAACACUUUGUGCAUAAAUAGGUUGUGUGACAGCACAACCUAUUUGUUAUAUCUGGCACAGUCAAAAUGUGCCCGCCGACCGCACACCACAGAGUGCUUUCGGGUAAGCGACAUGUGAUGUGGGAACACUAUAAAUACAUGUAGUGCCCAUGGUUACCACCGGUGUUGUGGGGAGCAGAUUAUUUCAGGGGAACAGAAUUUCGCAAGUUCCGUAAUCAAUGCCAAGUUCGAGUGCAACCAUUGCCAGUAUCUGGCUGCGCCAAAAGGUCCUAAGUGUUGUAAUAACAAGAUAUAAAACAUGUAUUUCUUUUAACCAUUAAAAUAAGAAAAACUGUCUCUUUUUUCUAAUUUCAUUUUAAAGCAAAACAAAAAACUUAAAAAAUGUCUGAGUAUUCGUUUUUUCUCGUUUUUUUAUGAAACGGGAAAACCAAAGAACAAACCAUACACGAUUGAUGCACAGCACCUAUCAAUUGGAUUCACACCACUUGACCUUUUUCACUUUAUGUCACAUUACAACACAAAGUAGUGCAUGGCUGUAAAGUGGAAAGAAAAGGGCAAAUGGUCUAUUUUUUUUCGAAUAAAAAUACGAAAGUGUGAUCUUUAUUUGGCCUAGGGCCAUUUUCUCAGAUUCCCCUGAAUGAAACCUGCCACCAACUGCUUUCCGAAGUCUCCAUGUUAGUAAAUAAAGUCCACCCGUGUGUGAUAUAAUCUCUGUCUAAAAUGUAUGUGUUCUGGAAGAAAACACCUGAGAUGGGGACAGAGGUUCACUUUCCCUAAAAAUACAGCCAGAGCUAAAAUUUAAUGGUUUUAGUCAAAGCAUGACAUUAUGUUCGAAUACUCCAGUCAAAGACCACACCUAAAUCGAACUGAGAAUCUGUGUUAAAUAUCAAAGUUCAGAGAUGCUUUCCAAUCCAAUCUGACUAAGAUUGAAAUAUUUCACAAAGAAAAAUGGAUAAACACUUUAGUCUCUAGAUGGUGGAGAGCCUGAAUAUGAGCCUGAAUACAAAUGUGCAUUGCUCUAUUGUUAUCUGUGAAAAAAAAAAAAGUAAAAACCAUACAAAUCCUCUUCCUUCCACUUCACAAAUAUGUACAUCUUUGUAUCGGUCUAUCACAUAGAAUUCUAAUAAAAUAAAUUAAAGUUUGUUGUCAUAAAGGAAGAAAAUGCGUGAAACUUCAAAGGGUCAGAGUGCUUUAGCAGGCCACCAAGUAUUUCCAUGAUUUUAAAUGGUAGCUGGGUCAUCAGAUGACAUGUGGUGUGUAUUAUGAGAGAUACAGGACAUCCUCUUUAGAGACAUAUCAAAUAUUUAUAGUUCAGAGUCCUUUGGAUAAUGGCCUCUCAUGUCCUCCUGCUGACGAGUAAUGAGCCAUGAGCUUCAUGCACGCAGACACACACAAAACACAUAGGCAAAGAAUAAUCUUUGCAAGACUUCACUGCUUUUAAGGAUUUAACUUUAU